AUGGCAUUCGAGCUUUAUAUUCCCCCAUGUGUAAAUCGCCCCCCUCACCGUUAUCAUCCACCACCACCCGAUAAGCCACUUAGAAUUCGGAUACAAGGGCCGCUGGAGACCAUACAGAAGCUUUUGCCAAACGUAUCUUGGCAUCCGAUCGGGCCUUUUCCACAGCCAGGAGGGCCGAAGCUUGCGAGCCUUACACAUCAGAAACUGUACGGGGGGGAAGGAGAUGAGGCGGCUCCGGUGGUGCGGGAUGAGUACCCGGCCUGGGUAGUAGAAGGAGGAAUACCACAGGACUGCAUCGACUACUACGGGGUCACAUUUGACCACCUCGUCCCGGCCGACGACCCAAACCCAGAAGUACUCGUAAUCAACAUUAUUGAAGUAGACAGUGACGGAGGAGUAUACGCGGACGGAGGGCAAUACGCAAACGAAGUACUUUUGUUCCCCGUCAAUCCGAUACAAUACACAGGAAAGAAAGUACUCGCCGUGCCGAGAUGCUGUCAGCAUAAGAAAGGCACACAGGAUCGCAGGCGAAUAAAUAGCGAGGUAGCGGAGAGAGAUAGCGAGAUCCAGGGACGUUCGCAACGGUGAUGCCGUCUGCAACGUCACUCAAGACGCAGUUGCGAAGCGAGCUGGGAGGCUUUGUCGCGGGAGGACUGGCCAAUUACACCUGUCCACUAAGGUAACUCAUGGGAAUUAUUUUGGUGAUACAAAUACGCGCCAAGGCUUGCCGACCGUGCUGUGCCGCGUUGGAGUGAAAGGCUGUGGCACCAACCUCAAAAGUCAGAAAUUGCCCACUUUAUCGCACAUACGCAUUCUGCAC